CCGUGUUUGUAGUGGCGACGGGGGAGGAGGAGGAGGACGAGGACCAGGAGGACGUCCCUGAGGAGGCGUCCUGGCACCGUCAACGCCCCCUUCAGGAGGAUGCUGGGCAGACACGCGUCCUGCAGGAUGAGAAUGCUGGAGCCCUACAAUGCCCCUUUCCUCUGCGGAACUCGAAUCUACCUUACAGUCAUGCUGCAACACACAUAAAGUUCCUGAUGGCAUACAUCACCAUAUGCUCCAACGUCUUCCACCUUUUUCCAUAUCCUUCCUAAUGAUAAUCUAUAACAUUAUUUGGAUAACAGGAAACUUUCCUUCUCACUGGCUUGAAGCACUUAUCCUACCUUUCCUUAAACUUAAUAAAAACGGCACCCUUCCUCAAGACAUUGCUCUGACUAGCUGUUUAUGAAAAUUGUUAGAAAGAAUGGUAAUUCUAUGGCUAAUGUGGUACCUUGAAUCCCAGAGCCUUUUCUCUUCUUCUCAAUUUUAAUUCCAUCUUCUUUGAAGCACAGCUGACCCACUUGCACAUUUUGAUAGUUACAUCACAUCUGCCUUUGCACGCCAUAACUCAGUAUUAGCUAUUUUCUUCAACCCUGAAAAGGUAUAUGAUACUACAUGGCAAUACCAUAUUCUUAGCUAUCAUCUCAUGGCAUGCAAGGGAACUUAGGUGUAUUCAUUAAAUCAUUCCUUUCCAGUCAUACCUUCCUCACUUUUCCUCACUGUGAAGGUGUCCCACAAGGAAGUGUACUAAGCACCACAUUAUCCCUUCUAGCUGUAAAUGGUUUAAUUUUAGUUUUACCACCAGGUCUUUUUGGGCCAUUAACCAUGGCUUCUGCUUUUCCACCUCCAUAUCCUUCAGGCCUACCUUCCCACUCUUGAUGCCGUGCCCUUCUCUCUCUUCAGAGCUGUGCACGUUUUCAUCAAUGUUCUCUCUCUAAACUAACUGCCCCUCAGUCACAUCUUCCUACCUUUACCUUCUCUCCAUGCCUACCCACUCCUUUCUCAGUCUGUAUGAAUGCACAUCUCUCCCAUUCACCCUUUCCUCACCUCCAACCCCUACGUAUUUCUACCUAUGAAUACCCACCUUGUCUAUAUCUUCCUUCCAAAUAUUCCAUCUAACCAUACAACACAAAACUGUCAGUUUUUGCUGGAUGCCCAGCCAUAUUGGGAUCCUCAGCAUAUACAGAUACAUUAGCACACUCUGCUGCCCUGUCCAGAUCCCAUGAACCCAGAUUUUCCCAUAUACCAGCUUCUGACUACUACCUUCACUUCAAAACCUACCUCUUUGCCCGCUAGUAGUCUUUCUGGUCUAGCCAUACCACUGAUAAACUACAUAACAUAAAACUUUCCCUAUCCCCUUGGUCAAUACCAUUUCAUAAAAAUUCACACUGGGAAAUUGCUCUUGCCCACUUACAGAAUGGACACACUCGCCUCACACAUUCCUAUCUUAUGUCACAAUCUGAUCCACCUCCAUGCUUUCAGUCCCACACAUCCUACUUUACAGCAACCCAUACCUCUGCUUUUCCUCACUUCCCUGACCCCUAUUGUCAGGGACAUCCUAUUGGACAUCCUCUCAGAAUCUCCUGCCUUGUCCUUUGACAACUUAUACUCCUUCCUUAGAUGCAAAAAUAGCCUCCAUUUGAUCAAAUUGCCCUACUCCAUUAAAUUUUUGCUCUUCUAACAACCUUUACCCCAUACUAUACCCCAUCAGCUUCCCCUCUCGACCCUUUUCACUACCAUACUACCCUCUACUGCUGGUCAACCUUUUCACUAAUCAUUAAUUCAUUCCUAACCCUUCUUGCCACUAUACUCUACCAUAGUGCUGUAUGACCUUAAUGUCUAGCACAGUUAUUUGUUUUAACCAUAAACCAUUAUCAGACCUAUUUUGAUUGUUUUGUAAUAGUUGCUAAACUAAAUUCUAUCUGCUUUGUAGACAAGGUAAAUAAAAAAGAAACCCAAUUUUGAUUUUAUUUUAAUUCUCUGUGGAGUGACAGAAGAUUAAGAAAUUGGAGUUGUACAGAAAAUGUGGGUAACCUGCCAUAUUAAAAACAAAAUUUCCAGAUUUGCAUAAUUAUAUUAAAAAAAAAAAAAAAAAUGCGACAUAUUAUGUAGGUUGAGACAAACUAGAAGUUGAUAGAAAAAAGGUAAAUAAAUAGAUAAAGAGAAAAUGAUUAAAAAAUAGAAAAACUAUUAGAAAAUGGUAGGUGCUGUUUGAUUUCAUGUGGACGUCUUCAUAAGGUAUAUCCAGCACACAAUCCGGGAGAAUGAGAUAGUAAUGCACAUACACCCAGGAGAGUCGGGAAUGCAAAUGCCAGAGGAACCUAGCCAUGCCACACUGACCAUUCAAGCUACUGAUCCUGCCACCAAGACUGUCACCACUCGCCGAUUUAACUGUGCUUACGAAGGAUGUUCUCGUACAUACAGUACACCAGGAAACUUGCGCACACAUAUGAAAACACACAGAGGAGAGUACAGAUUCCAGUGUCGAGAAACAGGUUGUGGUAAAGCUUUUCUCACUUCCUAUUCACUGAAGAUUCACCUGAGAGUUCAUGCGCAACAGAAACCCUACACUUGUGAGAAUGAUGGCUGCCAAAAGUCUUUUACUACACUCUACAGACUGCGUGCACACCAACGGCUGCACAAUGGGGACACCUUUAACUGUAACCGUGAUGGAUGUGUACGCAUCUUCACCACUCUCUCAGACUUGCGGAAACAUGUCCGUACUCACACAGGGGAAAAGCCUUUCAAGUGCGAGGAAGAUGGAUGCGGGAAGUCAUUCACCGUGAGUCACCACCUAAGAACACACAAGAGAAUACAUACCGGAGAACGGCCAUACUUAUGUAUAGAGGAGGACUGCAGAAAGGCCUUCACCACAAACUAUUCCCGCAAGAGUCAUAUGCGGGUUCAUAGGCGAAAUUUGAGCAAGGAGCAGGAAAAGCUGCAGCCAAAACCUCUUCAGGAUGUGUUGGAUCAUCCUAGUGAACAAACUUUGUCACAGGGAGAAAGCAUACAAAAGAAUGGACUUGGCAUAGAGGAUGGUGGGAGCAAGCCACAAGUAGUUCUACAGGAUGGGGCCAAUAAGGGUGGGUUCUGUGGAAGUCAUCACCAAAGACAGACGAAUACCACUUCAGCUCCAGCAUCCAAACAGAAAGUGUUUGCAAUUAUUCCGGUGGCAAGUGAUGAGGGAGAGAGUCCCACCAGCCUCACCCUUCAAGAUUUUCUCAAGUCUGAGGCCCUCAAGUGUAACCCAAACAUGAAGGUGCCCAUUGUCAAGGCUACAGAUGACACUACAGUUGGUCGUCUUCUUAGAGAUUCUCAGACAGUGACAUCGUUAUCCCAGGAUGGUGAUGAUAGAGGUCUUCUGGAGAAGAUUACAGCCCAUGCUGACAUCUGCAAGUGUAAUCCAUGUCACUGUGACCCAUCAAGAGGCAAUGAAUGUUCAUGCAAUGCAAUUGAUGACCCAGACUCAUCCCUUGGCAGAAGCACUCCAUUACCUGUAGUAGAGAAACGUCCUCCACCUUCACCCAUCUCCACAACGCCUACCAAAUUACCAAGAAUGUCCGAAGAAGUGGACUUAGUUUCUCAAGCAGGAAGAAGUAAAUCUAUGAAGAAUUCCUCAAACAUUCCUUCUUCCAGCAGCACUUUACAGAGAAACUAUCAUCUAGAAUUAGAGAUGACUAAAAAAUCUUCUGAAAAUUCUAGAGAGGAACUAAUAACAUCUACCCUGCCAGUGUCUGCAUCCAGUUCAAGCAUGCAGGUCGGUUCCUCAGAUGUUGCAGUGACAUCAGAAGGUAUGGAUGAUAGCAGACCUCUUGCAACCCCUGAUGAACAAAUCUCUGUAGAAGAAUUUCUUCGGGAGACUGUUGGUCUGAGUUCGCCAACACCACACAGCCAGAAUAGUUUACGUAGGGUGACACAGGCCAAUCUAGAGACCCUUCUGCCAGGAUCAUCAGGGCGCCACAGUUCUGCAUCCACUUUUCCAAGUCUGGCAAACCUGGAUGACAUGAGCAACCUUGCAUCCCCAUCAAUGGAAGACCUUAUUGUGUCUCCCCUCUCCCAUGGAGCUGUGUUUGGUUCCUCAGAUAAGUGCACGGUUGGAGGGAUCAGUACUUCAGGAGGCUUAGGAAGUGAUAGUGCAUCCAUGGAUAAUGCCUUUGAUGUUGAUAUGUCUACCUCUGAUUUGUCAACUGAUUUUCCCUUUUCCUCCCCAAAUAUGAUAGAGGCCUUAUUAACUGAUCAUAUAGGAAGUUUGUCUACUUUAUCAUCUCACAACCAACCCAUAAGUAGCAGCUCAACACAGUCAUUAGUUACUGCUGUCAGUUCAGCUUCUACCACUGUCGCAACAGCUUUAACAACUCCUCAAUCCACACAGUCUACACAGCAAGCAAGUAUAUCCACUCCUACAGGAGAAAACACAGUUCUAAGAGGCACCCAGUCAUGUAGAAAAACAAGUUCAGGGUGCUGUAGCAACCAGCAAGUACAAGAUGAAAUACCCAAAGAUUGUAGGCAGUGGGUUCAGGAAAAAAGUUGUUGCUCAUCAAGCUCAUCUUCACUACAGGGCUGUUGCACUCCACCAUCCACUCCUGCAGUGUCCAGCUGCUGUAGACCUACAUGUGACUCAGCAUCUGGAAAUUGGUGUUCUUCAAAGCAGAGUCUUAUAGCCUCACUGACAUGCCCUUCUCAUCUAGAUGCAUCAGCUGCUUGUUCUGGUGAGACAAAUACUCCAGUGUCAGAUCCUGUCUCGACUUCCAGAAAACGUUCAUCAUCCAUAAAAAACCCUCUGAGUCAUCAGACCUCUUGUUGCACUGCCUCAAGUUCUCGGAAUGAAUGUCAUGAGGUACCAAGUCCUUCCUCAUGCAACACUCGACACCAUCUGCAUCCCAUAGGCCAGCAACAUGAGCAUCAUUUGCAUCAGCAGCUCCAUGCUGAGACAGAGCAUCAUCAUCUACAAAGUGAAGUUGAAGUUAAUCAUCAUCACCAUCACCCAGAAUCCAAACAUAAGCAUCAUCAUGGCAAACUUGACCAGCCUCACAUUCAUUCAGAACCUAGCCAUUCUUCUCAUCAUGGAAAACUCACUCAUCACCAACAUACACUACAGGAUCAUCAGCAUCCACACAUAAAGCUGGAUCAUGUUCCCAGCACCUCAGCAGUGGAACAUCAGCAACAGUCACAGCUGCAGUAUCAUAGCAGCUUUGGAAGUGCUGGUGAAUCACGUUCAGGUGCCAGUAAUAGCUCUGGGUUAGAUAUUGUUUUGAGAAAAGAUGAGGAUGAUUCUUGUUGUGUUGUAAUUUGUACAAAUAGGCUCCAAAUGCUAAAAAAUAUGUUGACAAAGUGUGAGUGCACAGAUCAUGAAAGAUCCUCGGGCCCUGUAGACCUCCAAGCACUCAUCAAUGAUGCUCUCAAUGAGUGGGAAACACCUGAAGCAAGUGGAACACAAUCAUUUAGCACAGCCCAGCAGGACAUGUCCAACUCGGAACCCUCAAGCAGUACUUUAGACUGGUCUUGAGCCAGGUACCAAGCUCAGGGCAUACCUAAUAUCCUUUACAGUACAUCCUGUAAUUUUAUCAAAACAAGGAAGAGGUGAUGUGUAAGGAAGUGAUGACAGUAAUCAGCCAGCAUCUCAGUUCAGCACCCACCCAAUAUUUUGUUUACGAUAUAUGAUGUUUGAUGUUUGUCCAAGUUUGCUCACUUCAAAGUAGUACUAUACUUUUCAUUAUUUUGCUUGGAUAAUGAUACAUGAUAUUGCUAUUUUUUUAGCUUUCAUUUCUGUAGCUCUUGCUUGCAGUGUAUAAUGAUUACUGUGAUAAUUUAUUUUUGUUCUUUUGUUUUGCUUUGAAAAACCAUGGUUGGAUGUUGAACUAAUUGAUAAUUUUCUGUAUGUAUAAUUUAUCAAAGUAUAUUGAUAGUUUCAUAAGAAAUUUAUGAAUACAUAAAAAUAAGAAGUACUUAAAGUAUUCUGUAAGAAGAAGCAGUGCAAUUUGUAAAUGUGUAAAUUUAUUUGUUUUCUGUUACCUGGAAGCUGCAAAAUACUUUACUUUUUUUUCUUUCUUUUUUUCUUAUGUUUCCUGAUAUAUCUUUAGUCAUAUGUGUGCGUGCGUG